AUGCUGCGAAGGGGAGAGAAGGAGGCGGUGAGUGGUGAUGCGCGGUCGACAGACCUCGACGAGGACACCAUCAACGCUGAGGUGAUCGACUUGCUCAGUAUCACCAUGGACAGCUUUCGCUUCACCCUCGGUACCUCCAACCCAUCCGUGCCCUGCAAGACCGUUGUUGAGGGCCCGACCGUCACCUGGGACAGCCUUGGUGGUCCCGACAAGGUCAAGCUUGAGCCGCAGGAGACUGUCCAACGCCCCGUCGAGCACCCCAGCAGCAGAUUGUUUGCGAGCACAGAUUUCUUCGAGAACGACGUCUGGAUUCGAGAUCAUGGGAUUGGAAAGGCCGCCAAAGACGUCUUUGCGCUCGCUAUCGUGUUCAAGUUCGCUGUGGUCGCACUUCGCGACAUCACCCAUGCCGACACGCGCCUCUACGUCUCAACCGAUGUGCAGAACUGGGCUCAUGCAGAGCUCCCCCAAUCCUCAUCCACGCUCCUCAAGAAGAACGCGUAUACCAUCGUCGAAAGCACCCCCCAUUCUCUGGCAGUCAACGUAGUCCGCGGUGACACCGACGGCGUGGCCGGAACUCAAUGGGCUAUGUCGAUCAUGAGCAUAUCUACGGCGUAUACGGUGUUGGCUUCGCCAAUGUUGCUGCGAACGCAGAUCAAGCUGGAACUCAGGCGUCACCAAGUGCUUGCGCGCUAUGAUCACCUUCGACAACGGCAGAUGGAGGUCCCCUAUCUGCGCACUCCAGGGAAGCAACUGCGAUACGAGGGACAUCGAGAACUGCCCACUGUAUAUUCACUCAGUCACCACCGUUCACAACUCGGACGCGUCGUCUCCAGUCCCGCCCCCGGCUACGUUACGGCCGUCGGCUCCGUAGGCCCGGCCCUCGCCCCCUACGAGGACUCCGACACCCACCUCUCCUCUGACACUGGCCUCACCUAG